GAUCGGAAGAUCCUUCUGAAACGCUCCGGGACGGCGUUUUCCCAGUCUAGAGGGAAAGAAAGAGAGAGGAGAAGGGGAAGGGAGGGAGAUUGGUGAGCAACUACCGGGAGAUGGGGUCGGAACUGAUUUUUUGGAAACAUCGUUUGCUCCUAUCUCUGAUAGUUUUCAGCAUUACUAGUUCUAAAGUCCACUAUGGACUUGCUGCUCCAGUUCAAAAUCAAGGCGGUUUGUCUAAGAUAUUUCCCAGAGGCAGUCACUGGGCGGUGGGACACUUGAUGGGGAAAAAGAGUAUAGAUGAUACUCUUUAUGGCUAUGCCAAUGGAGACAGCAUGUUAUAUCCCGUUCUGUCAGGAGUUGCUAAGCAGCCAGAUGACAGCUUGCAGUCGACCGAGGUGGACAAGAAUUUCUUAAGUUUGUUGGAACAAACCUUGUCAACAGACAUUCAGAAAUCAAGAGAAGACAUUCCAGUACUUAACAAGAAAACACAGCAGACAGCUGACUACAACUUCAAAGAGAUGGUGGACUAUCUUCUACAGUUUAUGAACGUGAAGGAUGAAACCCCAAGCUGAAUACACAACAAGAGUUCAACCAGAAAUAUUCUAAAGAGACUAUUAUGUUUUUGUCCUCCAAGUGUUUAGCACCACCAAAUACCAGAUUAAAUCGCUUUUGUUUUAAAAUUACUGAAUGUUCUUGUACGUCUGAACUUGAACUAAAUGAUUUUCACACAGCAGAUUAUGUUUUGAUGUUUUUAAUGUAAAUAAGUAUUGUAAGGGCCAGUCUUCCAAUAGAAAGAUCCUGAUGUUACUAUAGCCGUGUUUUAUCAUCAUUCACCUUUUCGUUUGCAACUGCAUUAUGAAUUAAAGAAUAAAAUCAUAAUUCAUGUCAUAUUAGUUGGUAAAGUCACAGUAAUUAAAGCCCAUUUUAAAAUGGCUUUAACUUAAGAGUCUGUUAUUAGUUAUACUGAAUGUUCGCUUUGGAACAUCACUGCAUAGCACAGAACAGCCCACGACAUUGUGCUAACCUUUGAACCUACUCAAAGAUCAAUCUGCAGAGAGUUGUAAGCUUAGUCAGCUCCAUCAUGGGCACUAGACUCUGUAGUAUCCAGGACAUUUUCAAAGAGCAAUGCCUCAGAAAGAUGGCAUCCAUCAUUAAGGACGGCCAUUACCCACAUCAUGGCUUGUUCUCAUUGCUACAUCAGGAAGGAGGUACAGGAGCCGGAAGGCACACACUCAACGAUUCCUCCCCUCUGCCAUCCGUUUUCUGAAUGUACAUUGAACCCAUGAACACUACCUUACUAUUUUUUAUUUCUAUUAAACUACUUGUUUAAUUUAACUAUUAUAUAUACCUACUGUAAUUCACAUCUUUUUCUCUAUUAUUAUGUAUUGCAUUGUACUGCUGCUGCAAAGACAACAAUUUUCA